GCGGCUCUGCAGGCGCGCUGUAUGUGUAGUGACGUCACCACGGGGCGAGAAAAACCAAACCAAACAAACCAAAACAUUUCCUGGACAAAUAAAUACAUGCCCAGAGUCGGCCAUAAGAGAAAAAAACCGACCCACGAGCGCCAGCGGAAAGCGGAGACCCCGCCGAGUCGCGUGACAGCGUGAAGGAGCCGCGCGCGCGACGCUGUGCUGCUGCUGCUCGCUUCCUCGAUGUAUCCGCUCUGCGCGUGCGCAACCAUGAAGCCCGAGAUCAGCGCCGCCGUCGGAUUCCUGUCCCGGUUCCUGCGGGUCAAGGGGCUCGUCAACGACCGGCAGCUUCAGACAUUCAGCCAGAUUCUUCAGGACAUGAUGGCAGAACAAUAUAAGCACCACUGGUUUCCUGAGCAGCCAUGUAAGGGGUCAGGCUACCGCUGCAUCCGUAUUAACCACAAGAUGGACCCUCUGGUGGGGCAGGCAGGCCAGCGCAUCGGCCUCAGUACGCAGCAGCUCUACUUGCUGCUGCCCAGCGAGCUCACUCUUUGGGUCGACCCGUUCGAAGUGUCGUACCGCAUCGGCGAGGAUGGAUCCAUCUGCGUCCUGUACGAAUCACAGCCCAUCCCCAGCGCUAAUGCAAAUGCCAGCGUCAACGCCUCCACUGGAACCGGCAGCUCCGUCUCAUCCAUCCUGGAUAGUCACAUAAGCUGCAAGGAAGAACUGCUGGUGCUAGGUCGAGCCAGCCCGGCUAAGCCCUACAUGAUGACCGUGUCCAGUUAAAGGAGCCACAGCUCAUCCUGUGUGGCUUUUUUUUUUUUUUAAAUAAUGCAAAAAAAGGAGGAAAAAAAUAAUGAAAUAGGAGAAAAAAGCAGAGGAUGUAACCUAAUGUUCAGGUGAUGGAAACCUUGUAGGUUUAAUUGCGCUCGUUGUUGCUGGUUGUCUGUUUUUUUUUUUUUUGUGUGUGGAAUCAACCAGAGGCUCAGACCCUGGGGCAGCUAUGAAGACGUGAGAUCACCCCGCUUCCUGGAAUAGACUGGACCGUGUGGCUGGACUUGGGGCUUUUAUUCACGUCGAUCAAUGGUGACUUUGCACUUUUGCUCUCUUUGUUAGUUUACCGCUCCACCGCCGCGACCAUCACUGAAAUAACAGUAAACCAAAAAGGGUUGCUCUGAAGCCCAGGUCCGAGUAGCUGCACUGGUGCUGAGGGGCUUCUUCUAACAGUCUGUUUUUUCUUGUGCUUGUUUUUUGUUUUUAUUUUGAGCGCUUCAUGAGGCACCGUUUGUUUUUAUCUCCAUCUCAGCCCCUGAGUUACUGUUGGGUAACUUUUGACCUCUCCUCCACCUGGGCUUCUGACCAACCCAAAGUUGUAAAAAAAAAAAUCCCUUCUCGAAAUUUUCAAGUUCUCUGGAGGAAAUGUCAUCGUCAACACCAUGACGGAAAUACUGCCACAUACGGAUCCUUACUAGACUAGACUAGGAUAAGAGCUCCGCUGGAGACAAAUCCCAUUCUGUAGCGCCAGAAGAAAGACGUAGUUCUCCCUCCCAGUGUCAUCAUAUACAGCUGAGGAACGAUAGUGAAGGCACUGUUUUGACAAAAUUCCAACAUUUUGAAUAUCGUGACUCGUCAGUGUCCCAACAGAGUGGAAAAAAAAAGUGCGACCAUGAACCGGUGUACCAAUUUUAAGACGAUUUUCAUACUUGGGUCUGUUUGGGAAUCUGGCCUGGGGUGGUUCAUACAGGUUUAACUUUCCAGUGGUUUUAAACCAAGACCAAGUUGUGCGAGAGAAGCUCUUUUGCUUGUGUGAUUAUUAUGAGCAUUGACGAUCCUGCACUGGUUGUCUGGAAGCUGUGUGUGUGUUGAGGAUUAGAUAACCAUCAUGUAUUUGAUUUUAUGCCUAAACCACCCCAAAACUGGCUAGUCUAGUCUAUUCCUGUGCCUCUUCAAAGCGGGAGCAGGUGUUUUUCCACCCUCUCCUCGUCCCGCACAGGGCUCAGCCCGUACGCGUCUCUGCCAAGCCUGGCCGUGUCGCCUGCUGAUGGCAGACAAGCCAUGAAGAGCGAUAGACUAUUGGGCCUGCUGUCACACAAAGAGCUGGAGCGCACUCUUAUCACAUAUCAUCUCCCUCCUCAGGCUGGGUGGAGGGGGGGUCACACACACCAGACCAGGGCAGCUAAAAUCCCUUCCCCCGAUCCCCCCCCUCCAAUCACCACGUGCUUACUGAACAGCCGUGAGGAGAGGCCAGCCAGCACAUACACACACUGAGUGCACUCCAGACCCACUGAGCCUUAUUGUGAGAGGGAAAGAGAGAGAAAACAGAGCGAACUGGCUUCGGCUCACGGUGCUGCUGAAAGAUUCAUGUUGAAUCUGUUUACAGUAGAUCAGAUACACACUAGUGUGAGUGGGGAAAGAUCAGUCAGUGUGUUUACAUGCACAUAGAGAAAAUCGAAUUUCUGCCGUAGCUCGACUGAAAUCGAAGUUCUAAAUGCCAUGGAAACACCUUAGCUCGGCUGAAAUCAAACCGAACUGGAUUUCUCGUAAUCGAGCUACGCGACCUAGAUUAUGCGAUUGCAGCCAAGCUACUUAGUGCAUGUAAACCCUAUCGAGCUAUGUAGUCGAGCUACUUACUUCAGCACUGCCCCUUCCGGAAGUGACGAGUGACGAGACCACAAGUGGGAAACACAACAACCUCGGUCGGCAUGACAACAGUAGUAGAAACGUGCACUUCUGGAGCAAUGAGGAGAUAGAGUUCAUGCUCAUUCAGCUUAAGGAGUUGAAUAUAUAUAUAUAUAUAUAUAUAUCGAUGUUGCUGUCCUCGUCGUCGUUCUUCUUGUGAACACGGAAUUGAUAACUUUGUUUAUACUCUUGAAUAGCUCUUCAUGACGACAACCGGAAGUGUACCAACACGAUGGGGCGUGUAGCGCCACCUGUGGCUCGGGUGCACAACGCACCUCACACAAUAGCUCGAUUUCCUUGUGUGCAUGUAGGAUUGGAUUUCUCUGGCACCCCUGCUGGGACCUUCAGCUCGAUUACCGACAGUAGCUCGAUUUGGAUGUGCAUGUAAACGCACUGAGUGUGUGUGUGUGAGGCAGUGAAGCCAGGAUGUUGAUGCACCAUUCUCUCUCCUCUCUCUUCUCUCUCUCUCUCUCUCUCUCUCUCUCUCUCUCUCUCUGUCUCUCUCUCCAAUUAGUUCAUCCUAUUCUUGUCAAACAGUAGCACGCAGGCUUAAGCACUAAUUCUUUUCAAAAUCGGCUUCACUUCAGGUUCAUAAAAGCACCAAGCGACAGGCAGAUGGUCGACAGAUAUGCUCUCUGGAGAUAUAUAUAUAUAUAUGACCCCCUGUCCUACUUUUUUGACAACCAGCACUUUUUUUUUUUUAAAUUAAAUUGAAUAUUAAGAGCGUUUCACCACACUUAACCGAAUUUGGAUGUUUUUAAGAACAUACAAUUAAGACCACCUAUCACUCCCCAUCUAAACACCCACAAAGAGCCCACGCUGAGCCACGCUUCUACUUUGAGUUCAGAUUUUCAGCGUCCGCGCAAACAGGCUUCAGUGACAUCAGCUAUUUAGAGGAAAGAGCACAUAAAAUGCACUAUGUUUAACGUUGAAGUUACAUGACGCUGAGAUGUGAAAAGUCUCUCCAAGGAAUGUAUUUUGCCAAACUCAGGCCUCAGACAUUCAAUGAUAAACGUAUGGAUAUGUACGUGUUAAGAUGUGGAACGUGGAAGGGAAUUUUGUUCAUUUUCGUGUCAUUCUUUUUUUUUUUUUUGUCAAUCUUUUCAACAGCUAGUAGAAUUAUUGUCACUUUCACAACAUGGGGUGUUUUACAUAUUUGUAGAAUGUAUUGUAAUUGUAACAACGUACAGUAUCGUAGAAUACCAACAUAACGUUACACAAUGGAAAGUGCCAAUAAUUUAUAUCUGGAGGUGUUUUAGAUGUGUUCCUUGCAUAUUUCAUAUUUUUAUCACAGGUUGCUCUUUUGUAAAUGAAGCCAUUUGUGUCAGGAGUGUUGGCGAGGACCAAAGUUGUUUUGGUACAUAAUUGUUUCCAUGCUCUGUGCCAAUAGAUUUAUCCUUUGUCGUUUUUUUCCUUCUUUUUUUUUUUACUUAUAAACGAAAAAUACCCAGAAAAAAAAAGCAAAACAAGCUACCCAAGUUGAGAUGAAAAGUAGUCUACAUUCAUUGUGAUCUUCAGACAUUGUUUGAUUUCUUUUUCUUUUCCUUGGGUAUGUUUUAUUUUAAUGAACUGCUGUAAAUUUGUACAGUUCAUGUAAAUUGAUUGUGAUGAAGUUGUAUAGAUUUCUAUAUUUUGGAAGAAAAGGGUUUUUUCCCCUCUGUAAUAAAAGAUUUCCUAUCUUGGCA